CGGAUUGACUAGAGGUGCGCCCCUUCAGCCAAUCCGGAUGUGGGCCUGUGGCCCCCGCCUCCCCGUGGCUCUCGAGCCCCCAAGUUGUGCACCGAGGGCAGGGGGCAGGAGGAGUAAGGCCGCGAUGGAGGAGGUGGCACCCGCGAGGAACGCGCGGGGACGAGGACGCGCGGGGAGUAACCCCGGCGGCCGCCGAGAGAAGAGCCCGUCGGAGAGGCAGGUAUACAUGGACUACAAUGCGACCACACCGCUGGAGCCAGAGGUCAUCCAGGUCAUGACGGAGGCCAUGCAGGAAGCCUGGGGGAACCCCAGCAGCCCCUACCCGGCAGGUCGAAAGGCCAAGGACAUCAUCAGCACAGCACGGGAGGCCCUGGCGCGUAUGCUGGGCGGGAAGCCCGAGGACAUUGUGUUCACUUCCGGGGGCACUGAGUCGAAUAACUUAGUGAUCCACUCGGCAGUGAAGCACUUCCAGGAAACACAGGGGCCCAGAGGGGACCAGGGAGAGCAGCAGAGCCCCGGGGAGGGGGCCAGGCCCCACAUCGUCACCUGCACCGUGGAGCACGACUCCAUCCGUCUACCCCUGGAGCACCUGGUGGAGGAGCAGGUGGCCGACGUCACCUUUGUACCAGUGUCCAAGGUGAGUGGGAAGGCAGAGGUGGAUGACGUCCUGGCUGCUGUGCGCCCGACCACCAGCCUGGUGACCAUCAUGCUGGCCAACAAUGAGACUGGAGUAGUCAUGCCGGUCUCUGAAAUCAGCCAGCGUGUGAAAGCCUUGAACCGGAGCCGGGCAGCCUCAGGGCUGCCCCGUGUGCUGUUGCACACGGACGCCGCACAGGUGCUGGGGAAAAGGCGUGUGGAUGUGGAGGACCUGGGCGUGGACUUUCUGACCAUCGUGGGCCACAAGUUCUAUGGCCCAAGGAUCGGGGCGCUGUACGUGCGAGGGCUCGGCAAACUGACGCCCCUGUACCCCAUGCUGUUUGGAGGUGGCCAGGAACGGAACUUCAGGCCAGGGACAGAGAACACCCCAAUGAUUGCCGGCCUCGGGAAGGCCGCAGAGCUGGUGACUGAGAACUGCGAGGCUUAUGAGGCCCACAUGCGGGACAUCCGAGAUUACCUGGAGGAGAGGCUGGAGGCCGAAUUUGGCCAGAGGAGAAUCCACCUAAACAGCUGCUUCCCGGGCACCGAGCGCCUCCCCAACACCUGCAACUUCUCCAUCCGAGGACCCCAGCUCCAAGGCUACCUGGUGCUGGCCCAUUGCCGAGCACUGCUGGCCAGCGUGGGGGCUUCAUGCCACUCGGACCACGGGGACCGGCCGUCUCCGGUGCUGCUCAGCUGUGGCGUCCCCUGGGACCUGGCCAGGAAUGCGCUCCGGCUCAGUGUAGGCCGCAGCACCACCCGGGCUGACGUGGAUCUUGCCGUGCAGGACCUGAAGCAGGCCGUAGCCCGGCUGGAGUCACAGGCCUAGCACCAGUCACACCCUCCAUGCCCACAGGAGCAUCCCAGCCCCACCGGGGCCGAGUGAGGACAGCCCCCUUCCUCCCUCCAGGCCAGGUCACAUCUGCCUGACCAUCCACACUGACACCAGCACCCCCAUAGGACGACCUCCCCACUGGUGCCAGGGCCACCUCCCUACCCCCAGGGAUAGUAGCCUUUCCCGGGGGUCACAUUCCAGACAGGUGGUAUUUUACCCCAAAGAUGAAAUGCACCUGUUGAGAACCAUCCUCAGGGAGCUGCAAUCAGGAGAAUAGGAAGUAGGCAGGUGCGGUGGUGUGUAAUCCCAGCUGCUGUGGAGGCUGAGGCAGGAGAGUGGCACAGUGAAGCCUGGGCAGCUCAGUGAAACCCUGCUGCAGUGCAGGCCAGGAGUGCAGCCAGGCGUGGAGCUCCUGCCCAGUGCAUGUGCCCGGGACUGAAAACAGACAUAGGAAACUCGGUUUCACUUCGAUCAGCACACUUUGCCAGGGGGUCCCCCAGGGCCACCUCACCCCCUCUCCAAACUCAGUCCCCAGUGGCCUCGCCAUCCCCCUCCUAUGACCUCAGUGCACACAGACCUGCCAGGCGGUGGCUGCGCCCCUCAUGCCCCCGCCCCCCGCUGGACCUGACUGCCCUCCUGAAGGGGCCUGGUCCACCCUGGACCCCUCUGUUCACCCCAGGUCGGGAAGCCAGAGCCUGUGUCUCAGCCUGACACAGGUUUACCAUCACAGGCCGAGCCUCACGCAGGCAGGGUUUCCAGGGGAUGCAUUUUUCCUGCAUGGUUUCCGGGCACAGAGAACUGUGGUGGCACCAGCAGGCAGCUGAGGGAACUAAUAAAGGACUGAGGCACUCA